CAAUUUCCUGGUCCUACUGCAAUCCAAAACCAAACAUGGGCGACUUAACCGUCCAAGAAUCCGGCCAGCACAUUUUCCGGAGCAAGUACUCGACACCGAUACGCGUGCACGAGAACACCACCCUUCCCGAGUUCGUCCUCCGAGACGCCCUCGAGUACUCUGACAAGGUGGCGCUCGUCGAAGCGUCGACUGGCAAGGCCUACACUUACGGCGAAGUUGUGAGAGACACCGCGAGGUUCGCAAGGGCGUUGGGGUCGUUAGGCCUCAGGAAGGGCCACGUGGUGGCCGUGGCGCUCCCUAAUCUUGCCGUGUACCCCGUGGUCGCCCUCGGGAUUAUGGCCGCCGGAGGGGUGUUCUCUGGCGUGAACCCUUCGGCGUUGGCGUCGGAGAUACGGAAGCAGGUUGAGGAUUCGGAAGCGAAGAUCGUCGUGGCCGAUGAGGCAACUUACGAUAAGGUGAAGGACUUCGGCGUGCCAGUCAUCGUCAUUGGAGAAACCCUGACCCCAGACGCCGUCAACUGGAAGGAGCUCCUCGAAGCUGCAGACCGAGCAGGCCACUCCAACGCAGUCGAAAACAACCUGACACAAGACGAUCUUUGCGCGCUCCCAUACUCCUCAGGCACAACCGGCACAUCCAAAGGAGUAAUGCUAACUCACCGCAACAUCAUCUCCAAUUUAUGCUCCUCCCUCUUCAGUUUUGGUGCCGACAUGAUAGGCCAAGUCACGACUUUAGGCCUUAUGCCCUUCUUCCAUAUUUACGGCAUCACGGGCAUCUGCUGCGCUGCGCUGAAGACCAAGGGGAAGGUUGUGGUCAUGGGGAGAUUCGAUCUCAGGGCUUAUCUUGAGAUAUUGAUCGAGCAUGAGGUUACCUUCGCGCCUAUUGUGCCCGCGAUCAUCCUGGCGAUGGUGAAGAGCCCCCUUGUCGACGAGUUUGAUCUUCGGAGGCUUAAGCUUCAGUCAGUUUUGACGGCUGCUGCGCCUCUUGCGCCGGAGCUGAGAGCUGCGUUCGAGGAGAAAUAUCCUGGUGUUGUUGUUCAAGAGGCUUACGGGCUCACGGAGCACAGUUGCAUAACCCUGACGCACGGAGAUCCGAGGAAAGGGCACGGCGUUGCUAAAAAGAACUCAGUUGGCUUCAUCCUCCCAAACCUCGAGGUCAAAUUCGUCGAUCCUGAAACGGGGAAACCGCUUCCCAAGAACACACCGGGUGAGAUCUGCGUCAGAAGCAAAUGCGUCAUGCAAGGUUACUACAAAAACAAGGAAGAAACCGAGCGCACGGUGGACGGAGAAGGAUGGCUUCAUACCGGUGACAUUGGCUACAUCGACGAUGAUGGGGAUGUUUUCAUCGUCGACCGCAUCAAGGAAUUAAUCAAGUACAAAGGUUUCCAGGUGGCUCCGGCAGAACUAGAAGCCAUUCUUCUCACUCAUCCCUCAGUAGAUGACGUUGCCGUCUUUGGAUUGCCCGAUGAGGACGCCGGUGAGCUGCCAGCAGCCUGCAUCGUGAUGAGCAAAAGCGCCGCCGAGACCGAGGAGGACAUCAAGAGCUACGUCGCCUCCAACGUCGCGUCCUACAAGAGGAUCAGAGUGGUGAAGUUUGUGGAGUCGAUACCAAAAUCAGCGUCUGGAAAAAUCAUGCGGAGGUUUCUCAGGGAAAGCGUCGCCAAUAACCGACGAUAAGAUGCCACAACAGCGUAGUUGUUUUCGUGACCGCGUUAGCGGCGACAGGGAGAUAGACGCGUGUGGUCGAUGUGAUAUGCUUUUAUCAUUGUCAAUCAAUAAAAAAAAAGAUAUUAUGCUAUCAAAGCCUAUGUUGUUGCCGACGUUGAAAGUGGUGUUGGGAAAAAAUAUCAAAUAAAAUUAUAUAUAGCAUGUAAAAUAAAUUUAAAAUAAAAUAAUACGAAAGUCUGGUCUGAUCGAGAGCAGUCGUGUAAACACUGCACCGGAAGAUUGAGGACCCGUCUAUUGCUAUG